UGUCGCCAGGUCACGUGGUACUUGACGCCUUGUCCACCAUUACAGAAGAAGAGUUUCAUUCUUUCUCUGAGCUGGACGCCUACGACGUUAAAGAAUUCGAAAGAGAGUCCGUAAGUUCUUUUCCUUCUUUCGUUUUUCCUCUUAUCAAUGAUCAGCAACUUGAAUCUUCCCCAGAGCGAUUCGUACAUUAGGAAAAACAGCCUUAAGUUUCUGUAUUGAUUCUUCGCGUACGGAAAGAGCUAAUGGGGAAAGCGAAGUCGAUCAAAAUAUUAAAGGGAGUUAGUUUCUUAAGAAACCGUGGUUCUGCGUCGGUGGGAGAAGAAACAGGGUAUUUUAGUACUAUCAGCUGAGUUGAUAACCUAAAUUGGCCACCGUAAAGAGUUUCAAAACUGACGAUUCGAGUGUUAGCCCUUCGUCAGAGCGUUAGAAACGAAAGCUUUGAAACUCUUUACGGUGACCGUAAGCUAUCGUUUCAUAUGAUAAUACUAAACUACAAAUUUUCUAUGAACGAUGAGUCACUUCUCGUUUCUUCCCUGUCCCUACCGUACGAUUUAUCCUGACAUAGCAGUAUAAUCACAUAUACAAUGUGUCUGAAUUCAAUUUCAUCGGCGAACGCGCAAACGUGACCUCCUAGGUGCCACUAAGAUAGGAGCUAUAUUUUGAUCCACUUGAUUCAUGGAUAGGUAGAGAAGAACAACAACUAGAUUCAUAAAGCGAUUCUGAUCGUGAAGUAUACCAAUCUUGGCGCUUUAACCAUUUCUUGUACAUAUAUGACGCAGUAGCCAAAAGUUUGAAAUUAUUUACACGCAUUUUCAUGCUCCAUAUAAUCUUGAAUAAUAAAACGGAAACAAGGUCACUGUUCAGGGUUAGAUCCGUCACGCGUGGCUUAAACUUCUGAAACAAAUCUUUUCAUAUUUAAAUCUCUGAAAGCGAAAGAGAUGUCAGAUUUUCAAGCAUUUUCAAAAAUCAGGUGCACUAUUUUAAACAACUUUAGGUAAAACCCUUAAAUUUCAUUUAUUUGAAUCGCUUUCCGAGAACCACAUAGAAUAACGAAGAUUGUAAUAUUUAAACAGCGGAAGUAAAAACAACGAAGCAAAGUCGUACUCAUGCAGGGUUUUGCGACUGGCACUUAUUAUACCACUUGCUCUGUUAAAGAAUCGGCUUUAAUCAUUAACAUUGUGUGCAUAUAAAAAACACAUUUACUUAAAGGGCAGAUGGGAAUUUUAAUUUAAAAUCCUGCCUGACGAUGUAUGUAAACAAUUCAGUAUUCAUCUUCUUCUGAUCGUGAGGUCAAUAAAAUAUCUUGAGGUAAUGUUGUGUUUAUGUAUUUUCUUUUUAAUUUCCAGGGCUUUGCCUGACUGUUUAAGGAAAAUGACUGAGAUUUCGGCCGGGACCAGCGAGCCACAGGUAUAUGAUUAUGUUAAGGGUAUUGAAGACUUAAGCUAUUACCCAGUGAAAACUCCUGUAAUGACCAACGUAUGUAUUUCGUAGUUUGAUACUCGCACUCGCGUUUCGUCGGACCCAGCGUUUCAUAGCGACUUACCAUACUUUCGUACUCAAGUGCUUCCCUCACAAACCUAUUUGCGUGUUGUUUGAAAUAUUUUAUGAUUUCAAAAGAAUAAGAAUAUGUUCUGCCUUUAGGAAACUAGUUGAAAUAUUUGGGGGGCGAACUGGUUAAGUUAGGUGCGAACUCGCUUCACUUUAAGGGGCAACUCGCAAGGGCGGUAAGGGGCAAACUUUCAACGGGAAAAGACUUUCUACCCAUCAGUGACAAUUUGGGGAAGCUACUUUCAAAUUCUUUGGCCCCAUUAUUCAAAAGGAGAAAAGGAUUGUCAAUUUUUCAUAUUCUUACAUUCUUAUUUUGAACAAAGAAUGAAAUUCUUUUCAUCCCAUCGUUUUCAUUUGUAACAGGCUUUAAGAAUUUCCCCUUUGGCGGAUGAGUGGGGCUCAUCGAAAGGUGGACUAUCUACUCUAAACAGGGAGAUGUGCAAAGGGCUGGUUCAACUGCCUGGUGUAUCUGUGACCUUGGUUGUGCCAGAGUACACUGAGAAGGAAAAGAAAGACGCUGCAAUAUGUAAAGUCAACCUUACCAAGGUCGAAAAAAUACCUGGUUAUGAUACUAUCCAUUCAUUAGCUUCUCCACCCGACAAAUGUAAAAUCGACGUAGUAAUGGGUCAUGGACACAAGUUGGGACCGCCAGCGCUAGCCCUAGCGAAGAAACGAGGAUGCAAACGAGUGCAUGUUGUGCACACUGCAAGUGAAGAGCUCGCAAUGUACAAGAAAAGUCGGCAGGAGCUGAUCCCGGAAGGCGAAAAGAAGCACAAAAUCGAGGUAGAUCUGAGCAAGACUGCUGAUGUUAUUGUGGGUAUAGGACCAAAACUUACUGAGUCCAUCAAAAGUAGCCUUCGACCACACAAGAGAGAAAAAGACGUGAUAAACUUUACGCCAGGCAUUUUUCCAGAGUUCUCCGGACUAGAGCAAGCCCGUGAAGAAAGAGAGAAGUUUCGUACAUUGGUAUUUGGUCGUGGUAACGAGGAAGAUUUUGAACUGAAAGGGUACGACAUUGCCGCUCGCGCUAUAGCAGGCUUAAACGACCAUUCUUAUCAUCUUGUGUUCGUUGGUGCACCAGAAGGAAAACAAGAGGAAGUAAAAGAGAGCUUACUUGAAUGUGGAAUCUCCCGUAAGCAGCUGACAGUGCGCAGUUAUCGAGAAAGCCGUGAAAGUCUGGCAGACCUCUUCUGUGAAGCUGAUCUGGCCAUAAUGCCAUCACGAACAGAAGGGUUCGGCCUUGCAGCUCUCGAAGCCCUCUCUGCCGGGCUUCCAAUCCUGGUGAGUGAUAACAGUGGAUUUGGACAAGCUCUAGAAAAGAUUCCCUUUGGUAUGUCUUUUGUGGUGGAAUCCGACGUGGAAUCCGACGAAGCCGAUGAAUGGGGAAGAGCCAUCAAGCGGGCCAGAAAGAAAUCAAGGGACGUACGUCUGAAGGAAGCUGGCGUUCUGCGAGAUUUCUAUGAUCAGGAGUACAAAUGGCUGGAGCAGUGCCAAACACUUGCGGAUAAACUACGCUAGUGUAGAUGAUCUACUAGGUACUGAACUAAAAACACUUAAUAUAACGAAAGUUCAUAACAUUUUGGAGCGUUUCUUCAUAUAUCAAGGGAAACCAACUUUGUCAUUAGUACUGCUUGAAACUUUUGUUCAAAUAAUUGUUAGAAGGCUUCUUCAAUAGACAGUAGAAAUAGAUGAAAAUCUUCAUCUUUCUGUUUUCGGUUUAAGUGUUAUAACUUCAGAAACAAUUUUGAUUUUUAGUUUAGAUCCAUUUUGAUAUAUUUCAGUCAAAUCUGUUGAAGAAAGGAGCCAUUCCAGUCAACAUUUUACCUAGUAACAGUUGAAGGUUUUCAGAGCAAUUGUUGUGUUUACCUUUACAGUGUGUCAGAUAAAAUUAUUUACAUUAUGACAGCCUUAAGUCUGCUGGAGCUUAUUAAAUUAACUUCUUUUGGGAGGGUAAUUUAGUAUUAUUAACUAGGUUAAUAACGUAAAUUGGCCACCGUAAAGAGUUUUAAGCUGACGUUUCGAGCUUUAGCCCUUUGUCAUUCGCUCUGACAAAGGGUUAACGCUCGAAAAGUCAGCUUUGAAAGUCUUUACGGUGGUCAAUUUACGUUAUUAACUCAGCUAAUACUACUAAAUUACCCUUUUAUACUCUCCCACCGACGCAGCACCACCGUCUCUUUGGAAACUUCCCCCCUUUAUUAUUUUGGGAGGUAUUGAUGAAGUAACUAAAAAUUUACAAUACAACCUAGUUGUUCUUGUGAAAGAUCGUUUGCCUCUAUCAGUAGCUAUUGUUGUCGAUAUCUAUAACAGUCGCCAGUGAAUUAAUUCUCGAGGAGUCUUUUGACUGGUCAACGAACUGAAAACCCUGCACAGCCAAAGCCUAUGUUUAUACAGCUGUUAUAUUUAGCCCUUUCUCUCCCACAAUCUGAUUAGUGCUAAACCCUCCCUACCAGCUGCUAUACAUAUAUGUUUGAAAAUUAGUGUGGACAAUUUGGUCUUUUAUCCAGAUAACUUCCUAAAGCUGAUACGUUUUUAUUUUCUCAUCACCUGUUUGCUGAGUAAUUUGUUGAAACGGUGAGGAGAAGUUAACUAUAUCACUUCUACGAGUUAAAGGGUUACUACAUUACCCCAAUUGGAUUUCAUUUCAUAUCAUCUGGCUUGCAUAAAGGAGGAUAUUUGAUUGUAUUAAAGCCUUUAGAAAUAGUUUAUCCAUUCAUUGAUGACUACAAUUGAAGCUUUUUAUCCAUCAGGUGGAAAACGUAUGCAUAAAUACACCCAAAGAAGUAUAUAUCAUCCAAACUCGUUCCCAUGGUCUCUCUUCUCCCCCCUCCCCACCCACACCUGGGGCGCAUAGCUAUUGUUGUAGUUACACCUUGACGUUGCCAGGUCACGUGGUACUUGACGCUUAACUAACAUUACAGAAGAAGAGUUUUAUUCUUGUUCUGAGCUGGACGCCUUACGACGUUGAAGAAUUGAAAGAGAAUUGAAAGAGAAUCCGUAAGUUCUUUUCUUUCUUUCGUUUUCCCUCUUAUCACUGAUCAGCAACGUAAAAUCUCGCCUAGGGCAAUGCGCGUAUCAGGUAUAACAGCCUUAAGUUUUUGUACUUAUCCUUCGCAUACUGAAGGACCAAAUAGGGAAAUCGAAGUCGAUCAAAAUUUUAAAGGGUGUAAGUUUCUAAAGAAACGGUGGUACUGCGACGGUGGGAGAGUAUUAAAAGGUAAUUUAGUAUUAUGAACUGAGUUGAUAACGUAAAUUGGCCACCGUAAAGAGUUUCAAAACUGAAACUUCGAGCGCUGGCCCUUCGUCAGAGCGUUAUCUCUUCGCUCUGACGAAGGGCUAACGCUCGAAACUUCAGCUUUGAAACUCUUUACGGUGGCCAAUUUACGUUAUCAAUUCAGUUGACAAAACUAAGUUACAAUUUUUGAAAACAUAACAUUAUAAUCACAUGUGCAAUAGGUCUGAAUUCAAUUUCAUCGGCGAACGCGCGACAUGACCUCCUAUGUGCCACUAAGACAGGAGCUAUAUUUUGAUCCACUCAUUCUAUGGCACAGAAGACCAACAAAUGAUUCAUAAAGCGAUUCUGAUCAUGAUGUAACCUAAUCUUUGCGCCUUAGCCAUUUCUUGUAAAUAUAUAAUGCAGUAGCCAAAAGUUUGAAAUUGUUUACAUGCUGUAUUUCUGAGAAAAAAUGCUUCAUUUAAUCUUGAAUAAUAGAACGGAAAUAAGGUCACUGUUCAGAGUUAGAUCCGUCACGCGUGGCUUAAACUUAUGAAACAAAUCUUUUAAUAUUCAAAUCUCUGAAAGCCAAAAAGAUGUAAGAUUUUGAAGCAUGUUCAAAAAACAGGUGCACUGUUUUAAAAAAUUUUAAAUAAAACCUUUAAAUUUCAUUUCCUAUUUGUCUCGCUUUCCGAGAACUAUAUAGAACAACGAAGAUUCAAAUAUCAAAGCGGCGGAUGUUAAACAGCGAAAUACAGUACAGUAGUAAAGACGUACUCAUGCAGUGCUUUGCGACUGGCACUUGUUCUACACUUGCUCUAUAAAAGAAUCGGCUUUAAUCAGUUACACUGUGUGUUUAAAAGAAACAACACAGACACAUGAAAGUUACAUUAACCAUAAUAGCGGAUGGGAAUUUUGAUCUAAAAUCCCGCCUGACGAUGUACGUAAACAAUAAAGUAUUCAUCUUCUUCUGACCGUGAGGUCAACAAAAUAUCUUGAGGUAAUGUUGUGUUAUGUUUUUUUUCUCGUUAAUUUCUAGGGCUUUGCGUGACCAUUUAAAGAAAAUGACUGAGACUUCUGCCGGGACCAGCGAGUCAAAGGUAUAUUAACAUAACAACAGGUAUAUUAAUCACUAAUCAAGGGUAUUGAAGACUUAAGCUAUUACUCAUUGAAAACUCAUGUGUAUCAGUGUCAUAGAAGUGCUCAUUCAUCUGUGUGCAAGCUAUGCCAUGACAGUGGGAUUAUCAUUUAUAUAGCUAAUCGUAUAAAAGUCUGUCAAAAACUCCCGUCAUAUUUGCGCUAAGUGCGAUUAAUCUGUCGAAGCUUAGUGCCACCCAUACUAUAAAUUAACCAACCGUUAUAGGAAUGUACGAAAACAGAGGAUAGCGUCGAAUGCGCGUUCUGGUUGGCUACUCAAACUUCGAACAUCCUUUGCUAUUCACAUCCGAGGAACUCGGGCGGAAUUCGCACCCGAAAAUAUUGUAGUCGCUGCAGGAAUAAAUGAAUUAAAAUCAUCUUUUCGUGCUCUAUUAUCUCACUGUCUUAGUAUUUGUUGGAGGCUAGCGGUGGAUAUUUACCUCGCCGCUUCACGGCUCAGUUAUUUUCCACCACAAGCCACCUUUGCUUCGGUGAAUAGUUGAUAAUUAUCACGUUCUAAUUAAAACGGAAAUAUUUUAAUCUCGAUAUUUUCAUGUGCAACAGGUUUUAAAAAUUUCCCCUUUGGCGGAUGAGUGGGGCUCAUCGAAAGGUGGACUAUCUACUCUAAACAGGGAGAUGUGCAAAGGGCUGGCUCAACUGCCUGAUGUGUCGGUGACCUUGGUUGUGCUGGAGUACACUGAAAAGGAAAAGGAUGACGCUUCAAAAUUUAAAGUGAACCUUGUUAAGGUGGACGAGAUACCCGGAUUUGACCUCAUCUCCUCGUUGUCAUUUCCACCCGACAGCUGUGAAAUUGACGCCGUAGUAGGUCAUGGACAGAAGCUGGGGCCGCCAGCGUUUGCCGUGGCGAAACUGCGGCGAUGCAAACGGGUUCAUGUAGUGCACACAGCAAGCGAAGAGCUUGCAAUGUUUAAGAAAACGCAGAAAGCACCGAUUCGAGCUGGUGAGAAAAAGCACCAAAUUGAGGUAAAACUGAGCCGAGCUGCUGAUGUCAUCGUGGGCAUUGGACCAAAACUCACUGAUUCUAUCCAACGAAGCCUUCAAGCGCACCAGAGAGAUGCAGAUGUGAUUAACUUCACACCAGGCAUUUUCAAAGAGUUCUUUAACCUAGAGCAAACCACAAGACAGGGAAGAACAUUCUCUAUCUUAGUAUUUGGUCGCGGCAACGAAGAAGAUUUUGAAGUCAAAGGGUACGACGUUGCCGCACGGGCUAUAGCAGCCUUGGAAGACGACUAUCGCCUUGUGUUCGUCGGCGCGGCAGAUAGAGAGCAAGAAGAAGUAGCAAAGAGAUUGCUUGAUUGUGGCAUCCUCCGCAGACAGCUGACAGUGCGCACCUUUUACGAAAGCCGCCUUGAGCUGGCCGACCUUUUCCUUCAGGCAGAUUUGGCCAUUAUGCCUUCGCGAACAGAAGGGUUCGGCCUUGGAGCCCUCGAAGCCCUUUCAGCUGGCCUCCCAAUCCUCGUGAGUGAUAACAGUGGAUUAGGCGAAGUUCUCAGCGACCUUCCGAAUGGAAGCUCGUUUGUGGUGCAGUCUGAUGACCCCGAUAAAUGGAAAGAAGCCAUCAGAAAGGCGAGAAGAAAAUCAAGGGAUGUGCGAUUGCAGGAGGCUAUCAAUCUGCGGACGUGUUAUGAUGAGAAAUACAAAUGGCGAGAGCAGUGUGAGGCAAUUGUGAGAAAAUUACGCCAACGUAAAUGA